UCUCUAGGCUAUUGACUGACUGUAGCAGCAGCAGCAGGAAGAAGUAACCGCCCGCCGCAACACGAAGAAGCAAUGGGCGGAGGGAAGUAUAGAACGCAGAGGAAACACUUCCGUCACAACAGAGAGAAUGUUUGGAAACGGAACAAAUCCGACUCCCAACCUGAAAACAACGACAACAACGCUACCAUUAGGAAACCUUCUUGGGAUCCCAUACCCACUCAGAGUCUUCCCUUCGAAGAAUACUACAAGGAACAAGGGAUUGUUUCCUCUGAAGAAUGGGAAACUUUCAUUGAAAUCCUGAGAAGGCCAUUGCCAGCUGCUUUUCGAAUUAACUCAAGUAGCCAAUUUUCAAGUGACAUUCGUUCAAAAUUGGAGGAUGACUUUAUGAAAUGUCUUCAGGCUGAGGGAUAUGAUGGGACUGAAGUUGAAGGAAUCCUACCAUUGCCUUGGUACCCUGAUAAUCUUGCAUGGCAUUCUAAUUUCUCUCGUGCACAGAUCAGAAAGAAUAAAACCCUUGAGAGGUUCCAUGAAUUCUUGAAGCUAGAAAAUGAAGUUGGAAAUGUCACUAGGCAGGAGGCUGUCAGCAUGGUGCCUCCACUACUCUUGGAUGUACAUCCAGAUCAUUUUGUUCUUGAUAUGUGUGCUGCUCCUGGUUCAAAAACAUUCCAAUUGCUAGAAACGUUACACCAAUCAACUCAACCGGGAUCAUUUCCAACUGGAAUGGUGAUAGCAAAUGAUCUUGAUGUCCAGAGAUGUAAUCUUCUUAUUCACCAAACGAAGAGAAUGUGUACUGCUAAUUUGAUAGUUACAAACCAUGAAGCUCAGCAGUUCCCCAGCUGUCGAUUAGCUAAAAAUCAUGCUAAUGCUUCUGGUAAUGAAGUUGGAACAGUUCCAAAUUUAACACAAAUACUCUUUGAUCGUGUCUUAUGCGACGUUCCAUGUAGUGGGGAUGGUACUCUUCGCAAGGCUCCUGAUAUUUGGAGAAAAUGGAACACAGGAAAUGGCAAUGGACUUCAUAGUCUACAGAUUCAGAUAGCAAUGCGAGGUGUCUCUUUGCUUAAAGUUGGUGGAAGGAUGGUGUACUCAACUUGCUCGAUGAAUCCAGUUGAAAAUGAGGCUGUUGUAGCUGAGAUUCUGCGUAGAUGUGGUGGGUCUAUUGAACUCCUUGAUGUCUCCAAAGAGCUACCUCAACUAGUUCGCAGGCCAGGGCUUAAGAAAUGGAAGAUAAAAGACAAGGGAAUUUGGUUGGCUUCUCACAAAGAGGUCAGUAAGUUUCGCCAGGGAUCAAUCCUUCCAAGCAUGUUCCAUUCAAGUGGUCACGAUGAGUCCUCUGUAGGAGAAGAGAAUGUUAACAAUGAUGAAAAAAGUUUUGAAAAUGGGGCAGAGUUGGCUAAUAAUCUUGAGGCUUCAACAAAUAGUAUGAAUGAGGAGGUUUCUUCUUUUCCUUUGGAACGUUGCAUGAGAAUAGUUCCCCAUGAUCAGAAUACAGGAGCUUUUUUUAUUGCGGUGUUUCACAAGAUAUCUCAAUUGCCAGCUUCUUCUCCCAAUCAUCCUGACAAGCUUCAGGACAUUCCGGAUUCCAAUACUGAUUCAGUAAAUGUGACGGAAGAAAAUUCCAAUGGCUGUGAAUUAAAUUCUGAAAAUGUCACAGAAGAAAUAGUAGAAAUUCCUUCUGAUGUAGAUAUGGAUGAUGUAGACACUAAAGUGGAUGAAGCUAAAUUAGACAUCAACCCCACCACACAAGUAAAAGAAGAAAUCCAGGUUGAAACUGCUGUCCUUGAUAAAGAAUCAGCUCCCAAGUUGGUUACUGGUAAAAGAAAAUUGCAGAUUCAAGGCAAAUGGAGAGGUGUAGACCCAGUAGUAUUUUUCACAAAACCAGAUGUUGUGGAUACAAUAAAGACGUUUUAUGGUAUUAGUGACGCUUUCCCCUUUAAAGGUCACCUUAUCUCAAGAAACAUAGAUUUCAACAGCGUGAAAAGAGUUUAUUACGUCUCAAGUUGGGUGAAGGAUAUUCUUGAACUAAAUUUCAAAGCAGGACAACAACUUAAAAUUGCUUCAGUUGGCCUGAAAAUGUUUGAACGACAGUCGUCGACAGAAGGAUCCUUGUCUCAAUGUUCAUUCAGGAUAGCAUCUGAAGGAUUACCAUUUCUUCUUCCAUAUAUAACAAAACAGAUAUUAUAUGCAUCCCCUAUUGACUUCAAGCAUCUAUUGCAAUAUAAAACUAUCAAAUUCGGAGAUUUUGUUGAUGCCAACUUUGGGAAGGCAGCUUCUGAGCUUUUGAUGGGUUGCUGCGUAAUUGUCCUGGGUAAAGGUAGCAAUGACUCUUCUUCUGAGCCAUUACCUGCUGAAUUGUCAACAAUAGCCAUUGGAUGCUGGAGAGGUAGGACUAAUAUAGCUGUAAUGGUGACUGCAAUCGAUUGUCUAGAAUUGCUCGAGAGGCUAUCCGCAAGAAAGGAGUUUGGUAAUGUCUUCUUAUCAACUACCGAUAAUAAUAAUAAUAAGACUGACAGUUCCCCCAAAGAAGAAGAUGAAGAAGACAACACUUGUGAAACACCGAGUGCUGAUGUGGUUGUUGAAUAAGCAACCGAGAAAACUUGGUUCUAUUUAUUUUACCUUUCUCUUUAGUAUGACAUUAUUAUAAUUGCUACUGAGUACAAGUAUUUCAGAACAUUUUAAUUUAUGGUUAUUGUUGAAGGAACUAUAUUAUUAUUAUUUGUUUGUUUUUUUGACAAUACCCUAUUUUAGUUUCUUUUUGAAACAUCAUCUGAAUUGAGCCAUACUUAUAUAAGAUUUCCUUUUUGGGUUUGACAUUUAUAGUUUCUUUUCCU